AUGGGACAAAUGGUUUGUUCUGGAGGCCUGGUACACACCCCCACUAAUACCUCCAUCGAGAAAGAACGCUGUCAUCUGGACCUUCAUGGCCAUCACUCCAAACAAGUGGAGUAUGUUUGGAAACAGCAUUAUAAAAUUCUGGUCAUCUCCUACUUCUCAGGACAGAUUGGCAUCGGUAGCACUGACUUUCGGAGGCGGGGUUGUUCCCUCCAUCCACCACACCUGUGUUGCUCUAUGACAGAAAAUCCUGUACUGAAUGGCAAUGUAACACUGAGCUGUAAAUCCAGCUAUGGCAAACCUGUUCCUCAGUACAAGUGGACCAAAGCAGCUCCUCUUUCUGAGGUCUUCUUCUCUCCCAUGCAAAAGUGGAGGUCCUGCCCCCAGCCUGUGCUUGUGCUGGGAUACCUGGAUGAGAGGCAGGGCACUCUUCGACUAAGCAACCUCACCAAAAGCAUGUCCGGCAAGUAUGUUUGCCGCGCCAGCAACACGGCUGGGACUGAUAGCUGCCACAUCAAUCUAGAGGUUUCCACCCCAGCUAGCAAUGCCUGGGUGAUCGCCGGGGCCACAGUGGGCUCCGUAGUGGGUCUGAUGGCUCUAGUUUUAUUCCUGAUCUUCAUCCUGAGGAGAAACCGUGACACAGAAGAGGAGAUGGCCAAUGAUAUCAAGGAAGAUGCACAGGCUCCGAAACGCGUCUCCUGGACUAAAAGUGGCACAGGAUCGGACAUCAUAUCAAAGAAUGGCACAUUGUCCUCAAUAGCCACCAGCCCUCCUGCACAGGACCCUCAGCAUCCACUUCAAAACAACCAUUACCCAUACCCUCCUGGUGCCUCGGACACCGCCUCCAUCCUCACCACCUCUGGAAGCACAACCACAUACCGCCUCCGCCCAGGGGACCCCAACCCACUACACGGCCUGCCUGGAUACAACGCCAGCGGGCACACCAAAUCACACACACCAUCACCACCAUGA